AUGACUCCUUUACAGAAUGCACCUUCUCAAACACCAACUGCGGACCCAGCUGAGAAGAGGAGACUUAUCCAGCAACAACUUGUUCUGUUACUUCAUGCGGAUAAAUGCCAAAGACGGGAACAAAACAUGACAAAUGGUGAAGUGAAGUCUUGUAACUUACCUCAUUGUCGAACCAUGAAAAAUGUUUUGGCCCACUUGAAAGUUUGUACAUCGGGGAAUUCAUGUGAAGGUACUGUAUGGUACUAUUGUACUAAGUCAUCAUUUCAUAGAAUGUUAUUCACAGUUUUUACAUGCAGAUAUUUAUUUUUAUUAUCAAAUACACUGCACUGUAUACUGUAUAGGUCUGAUCAGCUAAGUUGUGUUCAUAUCUGUUGCUACAUAUUCACUCGCAUAUAUGAUCUCACUUAUAGUUAACUUUAUUCGAAAGUUCUUUGCUCACAUUAUCAGAACAGUGGUGAACAGGCAUGUGAGUUAUAUAAGAUGUGUUAUUUUAAGUGAUUUUGGUAGCAAUAGAUGUAGAGACUUGCAUGUGUUAGUUGAGUUAAAAGUAAUGAUUCCUUUGUUAACAUUUUUGUAAUGUGUUUAAUAUAUCUGAUCAGGGUUGAGGGUUCGGUUGUACGAAGGCCGGAUAGUGAUUUUUUUCAUCCGUUGUAAAAUUGUUUGAAAUGCCAUUAAACUACAGAUGUGGAUUCCACAAUUAAUAGAAGGCGACUUGAAUUUUUAUAUACUAAAGUUUAAAGUUUAACAGGCAAUUUAAGAAAGCUAAAAAAUCACUAUAAGGUGGAUAGCGCUAUGCAGCUUUCGUACAACCGGCCCCAAAACAUUAAAAUUUCAUUUUAUAUAUUCCUUUUUUCAGUUGUUCAUUGUGCAUCAUCAAGACAAAUAAUUAAACAUUGGAAAAAUUGUAACUGUGACUGUCCAGUUUGUUCGCCUUUAAAACAUCCCAGGAGAAACAGGGUCAAG